UGCAGUGAUUAUUCCUACUGCUCUCAUAUAUAAAAGUCAGCGCGCGACGAUACGUUUGCCAAUUAAAAACUCAGUUAAACACUACGUAUCUAACCGUUUAUUAAACACGACCGUUUCUUGGCGCCACGUAAAAAUUCAAUUUCGUUCCUGCAAAGCUUCGUGUGGGAUUACGAGAUCGCGAGGCUUCUAUUCGGCGCAAUCGAGUUCCAACUACAUAAACGGCAUACGAGCACAUUUUUAUCUAACCGCGACCACAGUGUGCAAUCAGAGAAGCGCCCGUUGACUCGUGACGCUUCCGGUUCAGGCUUCCGGUCCACGGAACCGCACCGUUUCCGUUCGACUGCCCAGCCCACCGAUCCCGACCACCGACCGUCGUGGUAUAUCGAGACCCUACGCUCGAGGAGCAGUAUCGAGAUCAGUGCUAACGGUUCGUCACGAGAAUGCAAGGACGGAAUACUCGCUCGCACCCGGAUAAUUAGUUCCGAGUGGUAUUCGUCAUGGUUGCGGAGAAUCGAACUGCUGUGCAUGUGAUCCGCGAGUCUGUUAUUUAACCUACCGUCCGAGUUGACAUGCAGGAAUAAUGAUCCGCUUAUUGCACUUGAAAGAUGCGCUCAGUUCGAUCAGUUUCGAUCUAACAGCUUCGUGUCUGGGAAGAAUUAUAAUUACAAUUUGUCGGUUAAUGUCAUCGAGUGUUCGCGCUAUGAGGAAUCAAAGAGAAUAGUGUUUGGUGAAUUUGACGUAAUAUUUCUUUUUGCAUUAUUGAUAGUGAUAAACCCAUAAUUGUGAUUAAACGUAUCUUUUUUUUCAUUUUCGUUUCGUUUGUGUUGUACAUUUAUGAAAAAAACUAGGGUCAGGUUUACAAUUUAUAUUCAACGCUCAAAAAGUGUAUCUAUUCCAAGCUUUACACAACAAAAUGCUCGGCUUUAUCCUUAAUGGGAAUGUGAAAUUCAUCCUGCGGGAUGAUAACAAAUAAGCUGUGCUUUUACUUCGACAUUCGCAGCCACGAGACAAGGAAUUUGCCGUGAGGAUGACUAAAAUUAAGGAUCAUGAAGAUCCAGUGUACAUUUUCUAAUUUUAUUGGAGGUUUGGCGAGAUAAUUGUAGUCGAUCAUCGUUGAGUGAGAGAAGUGAUAAUCGCCACGACCGGUGGAUGCGGCUGUAUCUGCGGCCGUGAUACGCGAAAAUGGCGGUUGCGCCCGGUAAGAAUAAAUUGAAAAUGGGCAGUGCGGGCCGAUACUACGGUGCUUAUCUCAUCUACGACAUGGCAAACUCAUGCCUCGCCGCCUUGCACGCCAAGAUGCCUCCUCCGGUCGUCGUCACGCGAACCAACCCUCCGUCUCCUCUGCACAUCCAGAACCCUCAACAUUAUCACAUAUUUGUUGGAGACCUGAGCCCGGAGAUCGAGACACAUACCUUAAGGGAAGCGUUCUCAGCUUUCGGGGAGAUCUCGGAUUGCAGAGUCGUCAGAGAUCCUCAAACCUUAAAAUCCAAAGGAUAUGGAUUUGUUUCGUUUGUCAAAAAAGCGGAAGCAGAGAGCGCCAUCGGCAACAUGAAUGGCCAAUGGCUCGGUGGCAGAAGUAUUCGGACAAAUUGGGCCACUCGUAAACCUCCUGCACCUAAAUCGGAAGCCAAUGCAAAGCCAUUGACGUUUGAUGAAGUUUACAAUCAAAGCAGUCCGACCAACUGCACGGUAUACUGCGGUGGAUUGACCAACGGUUUGACAGAGGAACUUAUGCAGAAAACUUUCUCGCCUUUCGGAUCCAUACAAGAAAUUCGAGUGUUUAAAGAUAAAGGCUACGCUUUCAUCAGGUUUUCUACCAAGGAGUCGGCAACGCAUGCCAUCGUAGCGGUACAUAAUACAGACAUCAACGGCCAAACGGUAAAGUGCAGUUGGGGCAAGGAGAGUGGAGAUCCUAAUAAUGCUCAGCAAACUGGACAGGCAUUAUCGUCGGCGACGUACCCAUACUACGCGGCGGCGGCAGCUGCCGCCGCGGCGGCGGCGGGUGUCGCGGGUGUCGGAGGCGUCGGUGGCGUCGGCGGUGCUGGACAACUGGGAUACUGGUAUCCACCCCAAUCUUAUCCUACCACAGCGACACAAAUGCAAGCUGGUGGCUUUCUUCAAGGCAUGCAAGGAUACACCUAUGGACAGUUCGCCGGAUAUCAACAGGCGCAAUAUAUGGGAAUGGGCAUGGGUGCUGUCCAUGCUGCUGGCACAGCAGCAGGAUGGGGUCAGGGAUUACCUGGGGGACCACAGUUACCACCACACCACGCCACGACGGUCACGGCACCCCCAGGGGUGCAAGCCGCACCCCCGCCACCACCGCCACCGGCACAAAUGAUGGCCUACCCAAUGCAACAGUUCCAGUGUGUUCUUGGUUGCGGUCCAGCUAGCGGAUGAGGACUGGCUGACGCCUAGCCUUCUAGUGUGAUGGUAAGCAAGUACAUCCCACCAACAGGAACAACUUCUACAGCAACAACAGUUACCACCACCAUCACCACCAUUAUUUCCUCUUCCACUACUACCACCACCUCCAACAACAACAACAACAACAACAACAACAAUAACAACAUUUCCGUCAUCAUCGAUGCCACCGCGACAGCAAAAGCAGUAAAACUCAUGCCUCUUCCGGCUUGACGAUCUGCGAGUCGAAAAGCGCUAAUCGUGAAAACCAGAUAACAUUCGCUUAAUAAAAAAAAAUAAAGAAACAAAGUGAGAAAUAAAAAAAUAGUAAAUAAGAAUCCUAGAUAACCUUGCGCAAGAUGCAUCCAACAUCCCCAUCUCCCCCGUAAGUUUUCACGUCCAAUGUAAGAGAAAAGAACCGCUACCGAUUACUAAAGCGGAGAUACCUCUCGUCCAGUCUGUAGGAUAAUUUAGCAUCUUGCUCGGCUUGAAGAAAUAGAUAGCGUUUGCCGUUACAAUAGUAUCCAAAGCUUCAAUAUAAAAACACGAAAUCCGGUAUACACGCGAAUAAGUCAUUCGUGAUGGUCUGAGAGUGUUUUCUAGCGAAACUGGCCAAUUACGCAUACUAUGUAUCGUCCAGCGAUAAUGAAUAUAUGAGAAGUACGAGUCCGCACACGUUCAACGGGAUCGUGGUUUAUCAUCAUUUUAACAAUGCGCAUAAAUUCCUUGAUCCUCUCUACGAAGAAAAAAGAAGAGCGUCCGACAGACCGCCGGAUACAGACUCGUUAUACGGAUUCAUUAUUUUUGUAGUUUGGGCUUAACAGCGAAAAUAAUAAUUCAAAGAUGUAAUGAAGGGAAUGCUCGCGGCCAAAUGCGACGGUUGGCGAGCAGUCGCGGUGUAUAAAUAAUAAAUACAAAGAUUAAUCGAAGCGUACUCUCGUGAAGAUAUAUAAAUAUAUAAAUAUAUAAAUAUAUAUAUAUAAAUAUAAAUGAAAGAAUAUAUACAUAAAAGAAUAAAGGUUAUUAUAAACGAAAUUCAACAAUUAGCUAGUUAGAUAGGCAUAUUAUAUUAAAAGUUAUUCAAGGUUGAUUCGAAAUUCGGUGGCAAGAAGGAAGUGACUCUUGUGUACAUUCGAUAACAGCAUUUUUACGGGGAUGAAAUAAUCUCAACCCCUUUGUACAAUUUGCCCGUCUCGAAAACCACGGAAAUUAAUAUUGGGUACCUAACUUAUCCCAUUUGUCACUACAAAACGAUUUCAUAUUUCAAUCUACAAAACGGUUUUGUAUUUUAAUCGAUAUACUUAUUUAUCAUAUUCGUGGCCAAACGAUAAUUCACACAUUGAAAUCAGACAAUUCAACAUCGUUUUUAUCAUUCAAAUCUGUCUUUUGGACGCGACUUAGACCUGUUGGAUACUUUUAUAAAACAAACAGACGCCGUGAGAGGCACUGACAAAUUAAUACAUUCCAAACUGAGAAAGUGAUAAAACGCCGAUCAAAUCACCGUGGUUUUUAAGUAAACGUUAGAUUUUUAUAUAAGAUGAUUAUAUAGAACCAAAAAAGAUUUUGACGUUUAAGCAAUAAAACGUUAAGCUUAGAAAAAAAAAGGUAGCCAUUGAUCCCUCCGUCUCGUUAAUAAAUAAAUCAAUCUCGCUGCGUAAACGAGAGAAUACACGAAUUCUUAACAACGAAAAAAAAAAAAUAAUAAUAGAAUGGACAAGAUAGCUAGAGAAAACGGUCCGAGCACGCGUGUAUUUUAAAUUGUUCAACGCGCAGUAAAACGAUCACAACAUCCUCGUUGUCCCGAAUUUCGACUUGACCAAAUUGAUACAAAAGAAAGACAAGAGCGAAACUCGUAUAAAUCGCGAACAUGUAAGCAAUUGCAUGAAUGCAAUCGUACAUAUGGGAGAGCGCUAGAGAGGGAGGGAAAGAAAGCAUGAAAGCGAAAAGAGAGAAGAAAGAAUGGGAGGGAGAGAAAGAGAGUAUGAAAAAAAAGGCCAAGCGACGAAUAAACCGCACAGCACAAGCAAGGGACGAGAA